AUGAACAAGCGAGAACGGAAUCGUUUGGAAACAAGCAUCCUCAUUAUCUGUGGGUUCUGGCAUACAUGUGAGGAAUGGACAAAAGUCUUGAUGCCAUUCACGCAAUGGACUCUCCAGCCGAAGCCAACACUCUUCGAUUUAUUAUCACUUAAUGCUUUUACUUCAUUCUGCAUCUUAGUUGGAACAGUUAUAGUAGCCCAAAUAAUUGAAGUCCAAGGAUUGAGAAGAACAGCCAUCUUCUGUACGGUUGUGACAUCACUGUACCAGAUAAUGGUAUCUAAAAUUCGUAAUUUCUAUAUAUUCACAGCUUUACAAACUCUUCUUGCCUUCAGUCAUGUUCCUAUGGUUAUAUACUCGUGUGUCGUUCAUUUGGAAGGGGAAGACGGUGAUGAUAAGCGUCGUACCCGUUUUCUCAAUCGCUUAACAAUACCAAUGAGCAUAGGAAUAGCUAUUGGACCCUACUUCGCUCUGCAGAUGCUGUUCUUCUUAACUUCCGACAUUAAUACCUCACAAACCAUUUGCGGAUUGAUGAAUUUGAUUGGAAACGUUACGAUGGCCUGUCUCUAUCUGCCUGACAACAAAUCUCAGAGAUCAUUUCAAUUGCCUCAGUUGGAACCAUAUCUGCAACUUGUCCGAAAUCCCAAAACGAAAUGGUGCUUAUUACUCUUAAUGAUGGUCAUCGGACCAUUCAGUGCAUAUGACCAAGUUGUUCGGAUUUCUCUUUCAGCAGCUGUCGCCAGUGAUCCCCAACAACUUACAAAACUGUUCUUAAUUCUUGGAGCCGCUUCUGUAGUCGGUAACGUAUGGAUUGUACCAUUUAUACAAUCUCGUGCUGGUCCACAGCACGUUUUGAUGGGCUCCUUCCUUCUUCUGACAGCCUCGUACUUGUACUUAUCGACAAUGACCUCACAUAUUAGUCUUUUCAUAGGAAUGCCUAUUCAAAUCGUAGCAUUGUCCAUAUGCAUUGGUGAACUAUCAUCACAAAUUAUAAGUACUGUUGGAAAGCAUGAUGCAGGCAAGGUAUCAGCUCUGAUCCGGAUGUCACAUAUGCUCGCAAUGGUUAUGGUUCCUCUGUUGACGGGAUACUACGUGGAAAGAGAUGAGACAUCGAUUCUAUGUUACGUUAGUGCGGUCGUAUCUCUAGCUGCUGUUCCCAUUCUGAAUAAAUUCUGCGUUUUCAUGAAAGCUCACGCUGCCAGCUUGCCUAUCAGCGGAAAACUCGAUUAA